UCAACACAACACUAAGCGCUACCACACUAGACCAUAACAGGUAGUAGCAUUUUCUGCAUGAUUGCGUAUAAGCAGAGAACAGAGAAGAGAAGGUGUUAACGAUGGCUUCUGCCGCGCUCCCGGCGGCCGUCGAGCACAAGAAGAAGGGCAACCUAAAGUACGCCUUCACCUGCGCCAUCCUCGCCUCCAUGGCCUCCAUCAUCCUCGGCUAUGACAUUGGGGUGAUGAGCGGAGCCGGGCUGUACAUCAAGAAGGACCUGAAGAUCACGGACGUGCAACUGGAGAUCCUGAUGGGCAUCCUCAACCUCUACUCGCUCAUCGGAGCCUUCGCCGCUGGGAGAACGUCUGACUGGAUCGGCCGCCGCUUCACUGUCGUCUUCGCCGCCACCAUCUUCUUCGCGGGCGCGUUGCUUAUGGGCUUCGCCGUCAACUACGCCAUGCUCAUGGCGGGCCGCUUCGUGGCCGGCGUCGGAGUGGGCUACGCGGUCAUGAUCGCGCCCGUGUACACUGCCGAGAUCGCGCCGGCAGCAGCCCGCGGCUCCCUGACGUCUUUUCCGGAGGUCUUCAUCAACUUCGGCAUCCUGCUCGGAUACGUGUCCAACUACGCGUUCGCCCGCCUCCCGCUUUACCUUGGCUGGCGCGUCAUGCUCGGCAUCGGUGCGGCGCCGUCCGUCCUGCUCGUGUUCAUGGUGCUCGGCAUGCCCGAGUCGCCCCGGUGGCUCGUCAUGAAGGGUCGCCUCGCGGAGGCCAGUGAUGUACUGGAGAAGACCACUGACACGCCAGAGGAGGCGGCGCAGCGCCUUGCUGACAUCAAGGCGGCCGCCGGCAUCACGAACGACCACGACGGCGACGUGGUCACCGUGCCCAAUAAACAGAGCAGCGAGGAGACACAGGUCUGGAAGGAGCUCAUCUUAUCUCCAACCCCCGCCAUGCGGCGCAUACUGCUCUCUGUGCUCGGCCUCCACUUCUUCCAGCAGGCUUCGGGCAUCGAUUCCGUCGUUCUCUACAGCCCGCGCGUGUUCAAGAGCGCGGGCAUCACCGACGACAACCAGCUCCUGGGCACCACCUGCGCCGUGGGCGUCACCAAGACACUCCUCAUCCUGGUGGCCACGUUCCUGCUCGACCGCGUCGGUCGGCGGCCUCUGCUGCUGAGCAGCACGGCCGGGAUGGUGAUCUCGCUCAUCGGCCUCGGGACCGGCCUCACCGUCGUGGGCCACCACCCGGACGCCAAGAUCCCGUGGGCCGUCGCCCUGUGCAUCGCGUCCAUCCUAGCCUACGUCUCGUUCUUCUCAAUCGGCCUCGGCCCCAUCGCUGGCGUGUACACCUCGGAGAUCUUCCCGCUGCGGGUGCGCGCACUGGGCUUCGCGGUCGGCGUGUCGUGCAACCGCGUUACCAGCGGCGUGAUCUCCAUGACCUUCCUGUCCCUAUCGAAGGCCAUCACUAUCGGCGGCAGCUUCUUUCUGUACUCCGGCAUCGCCGCGCUCGCGUGGGUUUUCUUCUUCACUCACUUCCCGGAGACUCGUGGCCGGACGCUGGAGGAGAUGGGCAAGCUGUUCGGCAUGGCAGACACAGACAUGGAAGCAGAAGCCGCCGCCGCCGCGAAAGAGAAGGUGGUGGAAAUGCCCACAAGCUAGAAGGAAAUCAAGAAACAGCUGUCCGUGUGUAGCGUGGUAAGACCGCAAGAUUCGCUUGUCGAGUCCUCCUGUCCUGCAGGAAAGCAACGGCAUUGGUGCAUCCGUUCAAUUUUUUUUUUCUUCUGCGCUUUGGUUUGUGCCCGUGUGUAAGCAGUAAGCGCGAUGGUGAAUGAUUUGUCCCGAUGCUGACUAGGUGUCAGCGUCGCGUGUGCUUUGCAAGCCAUUGGAUUGUUCUACAAGACUCGUAAGUGGUAAACGAAAUGCAAUCAAUAGCAGUUGAAAAGGGUUUGUAUUAA